UGUGAGAUUAAUUAACUUUAUAGUUUUAAUAUUAGGCUAUGUUCCAAAACUUCCUAAAGAUUUUAUUCUAUAUACUAUAAUUACUAUAUACGUUACUAUAUAUUUCGAGUAAAAUUUCGAGAUCAAAUAUUAUGGAGGAUCAUUGGAUAGAAUCAUUGAAAACGAAAUUCAUAAACAUGAAUACGUCGACGCUCAAAGAAUUGUUACUGUCCAAAGUAGAAGAAUUAGAUGAAAUUAAAAAAGAGCGAUUCAAUGAGGAUGAAACUAAAAUUAAGGAAUUAACAUCAAACUUGGCUGCUACGAAAGAAGCAUUGCAUAUGGAAAUUCAAUCUUUAGAGAGCAAGAAUAAUAGGUUAUCAGAAGAGAAGAAGUUUUUAGAUGAACUGGAAACAGAGAACAAGAAAUUCUUACAAGAGAUCAAACAGUUGGAAGGAAAACGUACUAACUUGAAGUCUAUUAAACCAAAUUUACAAGAUCAACAAUUACUGGAGCAAGGAAGAAAAAAGUUAAACUUGUAUAAGGACUUAACAAGGAUACAGUGGGAUUUUGAAGCUAUAUAUUCAAAGCACAAUAUUCAAGGCUACGUUUCAAACAGACGCGACUACAUUCAUCAUUUCUGUUAUGAUGCUCAAGAGACUAAUAAAAAGUUAACUGACUCACUAUGGCAUGAAAUAUAUUUGUCUACGAGCGAAGCUGAAGUCAGAGAUGAGAAUCUUCCACCAAAUUAA